CACCCCCAGUAUUUAGUUUAGCAGACCCACAAUGUUAGUGUAGGGGAUAGCAGGGGCAUGCAUCCGAGUACAGCACUGUGCUGGGUAUCUCUACACAAACACCAACAUGGUUUAUAUUAAUGGGCUAGAUCCCCCUCUCUGAAUAUGUGCAGUCUUCCUUGCCUCUCCCUACUGCCUAUGACUAAAAAGGCGUUUGGCAGGGCAGAGCAAUCUCUUUCUAAAUAUAUCCGUGUCACAGAAAGCAGCAGCAGCAACAAUAUCUGCGUGCAGCAGCCAGGAACUAGAACGGCCCCGCCCCCGGCUCCUCCCUGUGUUAGCACUACCGGCGAACAUGGCUGCUUCUUGUUCUGCUGCUGCCCAGGACGAGCUGAAUCAGCUGGAGCGAGUGUUUCUGCGGCUCGGCCAUGCAGAGACAGAUGAACAACUGCAGAGUAUUAUAUCAAAGUUUUUGCCUCCAGUACUCCUCAAGCUUUCAAGUGCCCAGGAGGGAGUACGGAAGAAGGUUAUGGAGUUGCUUGUUCAUCUAAAUAAAAGAAUUAAGAGCAGGCCCAAAAUACAGUUACCUGUUGAGACUCUUUUAGUACAAUACCAGGAUCCUGCUGCAGUCUCCUUUGUGACAAAUUUUACAAUAAUCUAUAUUAAAAUGGGAUACCCUCGACUACCCCUGGAAAAGCAGUGCGAAUUGGCACAGAGUCUUCUCACAGCCAUGGAAGGUAAACCGCAACCUCAGCAAGACAGUUUAAUACACCUUCUAAUACCAACCCUCUAUCACAUGAAGUACCACACUGAAACCUCCAAGUCUACAUCUCUGUUUAACCUUGCUGAGAAACCAAAGACAGUGCAUUUACUUCUGGACUUUUUCUUGGAUGUCCUUCUGAUGCCUUAUGGUUUUGUGUUAAACGAACCUCAGAACCGCCAAAGUACGCCAUCAGGACAAGGAUCCGCCUCCCCAAGCGGCACAAGUGGAGUGGGGAUCCCACAGCCUCCUCCUGGUUUGAGCUUUUAUGCUGCAAAGCGUGUUGUUGGAGACAAUCCCUGGACAGCUGAACAGUUGGAACAGUGCAAGCUUGGAAUUGUGAAAUUUCUCGAAGCUGAGCAGGUUCCUGAGUUGGAAGUAGUCAUUCAUUUGGUUAUUGCUUCUAGUGACACGAGACACAGCGUGGCUACUGCAGCAGACUUGGAGUUGAAAAGCAAGCAAAGCUUAAUUGACUGGAAUGAUCCUACCAUUAUAAGCAAGAUGUACAAAGUGUAUCUUGGAGACAUACCACUUAAAACAAAGGAGGGCAGUUUGUUAAAGCCUGAACUGAAACGAGAUCCUGUCAGCACUCGGGUUAAGUUAAAGAUUGUCCCCCAUCUCCUGCGAUCAAGGCUGGCUGCAGAGUUGUUUCCAGCUAAUGUACAGGUAGUGUAUGAUGGCCUGUUUGGGGGAAAUACAAAUGCCAAGUUAAGAACAUUAGCUCUUCAAUUUGUUCAUCACAUCUGUAGCACUUGUCCUGAUGCUAAAAUCAAACCCCUUGGUCCAAUGUUACUCAAUGGUCUCACCAAACUGAUCAAUGAAUACAAAGAAGAUCCAAAAUUAAUGUCACUGGCAUAUUCUGCUGUUGGGAAGCUUUCUGGUCGCAUGCCACAGCUCUUCACAAAGGACCUUGCUCUAGUUCAGCAGUUUUUUGAAGCCAUGCGAAAGGAAGAUACAGAUGUCAGGCUUUCUAUCCAGGAGGCCCUGUCCAUGAUGGUUGGGGCUUACACCAAUUUAGAAGGUGCUCAGCUGACUCUCAUGGAGGCACUUGUGGGUUCAUAUUUGGUUAAGCCAGAGGUCCAGGUACGACAAGUUGCAGUGAAGUUUGCAAGCAAUGUUUUUGCUCCUGACCAUAUUCCAUCAAGAUACCUGCUUUUACUCUCAGCUGGAGACCCGCGAGAAGAGGUACAUGGAGAAGCGCAAAGAGCUCUGCGAUCAUAUGCCAGCAGCACUGAUAAAGAAGCUCCUUCUCCAAAACUUCCCUCCUUCCCUGUUAUGGUCAGCUACGUACUGGAAAAGGCUUCCAGUCGGAUGAAAACACCUGUCAAAUUUGUAACUGCAACUUCUGAGCUCCCAUUUAACCCUGCUGCAUUUCUAGAGAUAAUGCUGUACCUGAGAAUGUGCCUUGCCCAUAGUGCAGGAGUGACACCCACCAGCCAAUCUAUUGCAGACAUGCAAGACCAGGCUCCAGUCCUGGGGCGCUACAUAAGGGAGUUGAUGUCCACAGACUUAACAGUAUCCGAUGAAUCAUCAAAUGGAAAUGAAGGCAUGAACCCAGUGGAGAUGUACAUAAGCCUUUUGCAGCAAUUGUUAUCUGCUGUUGGAGGUCUACAAGUAAUGUACUGCCUCCUAGAGGUUAUCUCAGUGUAUCCACAGAAGCUGGCUGCCUCAUUAAAAGAUAAAACUGACUGGAUAAAGGGCCUAAUGACUGCAAACAAGGAAGAGAUGCGUGAGCUAGCUGCCCAACUUUAUGCAGUGGUGGUAUCCACAGUAUCUGGAUCAGAAUUAAAGCCUAAACUGGAAAACUUGAUAAAGAUUGCAAAGGACAACCAUAAUCCUGAAGCACAGCAUGGGGCUUUGCUGGCGCUGGGCUACUUAAUUGGAAGGUACCUUGAGAAGUUCCACAGGAAUCCCGUUGAGUUGCACAUGCGUGGACCCACAUCUCUCUUUGAGCAUGAUAAAAUUAUCCAGGACUGUGCAGAAACCAUAGGAUUAUUUUUGGAUAAUACAUCCCCCCAGCUAGCAAUAGCAGCUAUCACUGCACUGGGGGAGAUUGGAAGAAAUGGGUCACUGCCUAUUCCAGAUGAAGGACCUGGAUUUGCCAAGAAAACCCUUGUGGAAAAUCUUCUGGCAAGAAUUCCGUCUGGCAAGGAGACAAACAAGGCCAAGGAGCGAGCUAUAAGGACCUUGGGCUACUUUCCAGUUGGAGAUGGGAACUUUCCAUAUCAGAAAAUGCUGCUGGAAGGCCUUAUGGAGUCAGUGGAAGCAAAGCAAAUUGAGCUUCAGUUUACCGUGGGUGAAGCAAUUACUAAUGCUGCUGUCGGGACAAAAUCUUCAGCUGCGAGAGACAUUUGGGUCAUUACAGAGGAUGAGCACCUUCCCCCACAUGCAAAGGUUAAUGACGUGGUUUCAUGGGUUCUUGACCAGAUUUUGAACAAACGUGUAGUGAGUGUAAAUCCUCACAUCAGACAGGCUGCUUGCAUAUGGCUCCUUUCACUGGUGAAGAAGCUGAGUGAUCAUCAAGAAAUAAGGUCAAAACUUAAAGAAAUCCAAAGUGCGUUUAUAUCAGUCCUCUCUGAUAAUGAUGAACUUAGCCAAGAUGUUGCAUCGAAAGGUCUUGGGUUGGUAUAUGAACUGGGCAGUGAUCAAGAUCAACAGGAGCUGGUGUCCAUACUUGUGGACACUCUGAUGACUGGGAAAAGGGCCAAGCAUGAGGUUUCCAGUGAAACAGAAGUUUUUCAGGGUACAUCACUUGGCAAAACACCAGAUGGACAAAGCUUGUCUACAUACAAAGAGCUGUGUGCACUUGCGAGUGACCUUAGUCAGCCGGAUCUUAUCUAUAAAUUCAUGAACCUAGCUAACCAUCAUGCCAUGUGGACCUCUCGAAAGGGUGCUGCAUUUGGUUUCAAUGUGAUUGCCACCAAAGCUGGGGAGCAGCUGGCUCCAUUUUUGCCCCAGCUUAUUCCUCGCCUUUACCGCUAUCAGUUUGAUCCUAACACUGGAAUUCGCCAGGCUAUGACCAGCAUUUGGAAUGCACUGGUCACUAAUAAGAACAUGGUGGAUAAAUACUUGGUAGAGAUUCUGCAAGACCUGAUAAAUAACUUAACGAGUAACUUGUGGAGGGUCCGUGAGUCCAGUUGUUUAGCCCUUAAUGAUUUGCUGCGAGGUCGCCAGCUGGAUGAUGUUGUUGACAAACUUCCUGAGAUAUGGGAGACACUUUUUAGAGUGCAGGAUGAUAUAAAGGAGUCUGUCCGGAAAGCUGCAGAGCUUGCUCUCAAGACAUUAAGCAAGGUGUGCAUCAAGAUGUGUGAACCCUGCAAAGGAGCAUCCGGACAAAGAACAAUUGCUGUCCUGCUGCCAUGCCUCCUAGACAAAGGCAUGAUGAGCACAGUGACUGAAGUGCGAGCUCUUAGUAUCAACACUCUUGUGAAAAUCAGCAAAAGUGCAGGAGAGAUGCUAAAGCCUCAUACUUCCAAACUGAUCCCAGCUUUGUUGGAGUCUUUAAGUGUCCUAGAGCCUCAGGUGCUGAACUAUCUGAGUUUAAGGGCUACAGAUCAAGAAAAAGCUGCAAUGGACAGUGCAAGACUUAGUGCUGCAAAAUCCUCACCAAUGAUGGAAACGAUAAAUAUGUGCAUACAGCAUCUCGAUGUGCCUGUGUUAGGAGAACUUGUCCCUAGACUAUGUGAAUUGAUUAGAGGUGGUCUUGGCCUCGGUACAAAGGGAGGAUGUGCCAGCGUCAUUGUAUCUUUAACUACACAGUGUCCACGGGACUUAAUGCCUUACUCUGGUAAGCUAAUGAGUGCUUUAUUAAAUGGACUGAAUGAUCGGAACAGUGUGGUUCAGAAGUCUUAUGCAUUUGCAUUGGGCCAUUUAGUUCGGACAGCCAGGGAUAGUAGCACUGACAAAUUAUUACAGAAGCUGAGUGUUUGGUACAUGGAAAAAGAGGAGCCUACAUACAGAUCAGCUUGCACAUUAACGGUUCAUGCUAUAAGCCGCUACAGUCCUGACGUAUUGAAAAACCAUGCUGAUUUAGUCUUGCCGUUGGCUUUCCUUGCUAUGCAUGAAGUGUCUGAUGAAGAGAUAGUAGAGAAAGAAGAUUCUAACCUGUGGAAAGAGGUUUGGCAGGAAAAUGUACCAGGUAGUAUCAGUGGUGGCAUUCGAUUGUACAUGAAGGAACUGAUAGAUAUUACACAAAAAGCAUUGCAAUCACCAUCUUGGAAAAUGAAAGCCCAGGGUGCGGCUGCCAUGACAUCCAUUGCUAAACAACAGACUGGUUCUCUGGUGCCCCCUCAUCUAGGAAUGGUGCUUAGUGCUCUCUUGCAGGGUCUGCCGGGAAGAACAUGGGCUGGCAAGGAAGAGCUACUGAAAGCUAUAGGAACAGUGGUUUCAGAAUGCAGUAAUCAGUUGCAAAAGUCUGUACCUGACCAGCCCAGUGUAGAUGACAUUGUACAAGCUGUGCUGAAGGAAUGUCGGAAAGAAAAUGUCAGGUAUAAGAUAAGUGCACUUAAGUGUGCUGCGGAUGUGCUCCAAUCUACAAAGGAGGAUCGUUUCCAAGACUUGACAGAUAUACUCUUCCCUCUCAUACAGAAGACUUCGUUAGGAACAGUGGGGGCUCGAUCACCAAAGGAUGACGAUGAUGAAGAUGAAAAUGUGAAAGCCAAGGAGUUGCAGACUGAAUGUCUUAUAUGUGCCUUUUUAACCCUUGGUAGAGCUUGGCCCCGGAAUCCUGAUACACAGCGUUGCUAUCGGUUUGAGGUUUGCAAACUAAUGUGUGAGAGGUUGAAACUGAGCACCUGGAAGGUCCAGCAUGCUGUGCUUCAGUCAAUGAAUGCAUAUUUUCAAGGGUUACUGCUUUUAGAAAAGGAAUAUUCGGACAGUGCUGCCCUAAUGAACAUCCUCACAGAAACAUGCCCUGCUUUAGCACAUUCUUUAGAAAAUAAAAGUUAUUCAUCUGUAAGAACUGAGGCAGUCUCAGUGUUAGAACUACUGCUUAGAAAACUUGAAGAUUCAGAACAGUGGCGAAGCCUUACAAUAGAAAACAGGAGCACCCUUUUGGCAUCUUUAUCCACAAUGGAACAGGACACUAGGCCUGAACUGAGGGAAAAGGGAGCUUUACUCAAGAAAAAGCUGGAGAACUGAAAUGAAGAAAUGGAAAACUAUGUGUUGUGCAGCCUAAAUAUGUGCCGUGUACUUUGAAUUCAAUCAGUUUUAUUCUGUAGCAUGCAUCAUUCCAUUGCCAAAAUAAAGAUUUCCAUUAACUUUCAACAUCACUGUGCAUUUCUAUAAGUGACAGUGAAAAUACAGUCUGUUUAAAUGCUCCGGUUUAACCCACACAAGCAUUAUAUUGAUUUAUUUUGUAUGUACAAAAUGUGGUAAAAGAAAUAACUGAAAAAAACUUUUUUUUACAAUG